AUGGCCCCUGCUUGGACACAAACCCCACCAUGGAUCUGGCUGCCGACCCAUAGUGAGGACGAGAGCCAGCCCGGUCGGUAUUUCCUUUUCCGCAAAAGCUUCCAAUGGACUCAGCCGUACGGGCUUCGUGAAUUUCCCGUUCAUGUUUCUGCAGAUAGUCGAUAUCGACUUUUUGUAAAUGGCCAGCGUGUCAGCUUUGGCCCUUGCAAGAGCUAUCCGGAACGUUGGUACUAUGAGACAAUCGACAUUUUACCUUAUCUCACAGAGGGAGACAAUGUCAUCAGUGCGCGUGUCUUGCGUUACUCGUGUGUCAAUACUGGAUCGUCGUCCAUUAUCAGCACCGAAUUGCCCGGUUUAAUGGUGCAUGCUGAGAUUGAGGGACUAUCGAUCUCUUCAGAUCCUUCAUGGAAGUGCUUACAAGAAACAAGCCGCAAGAUUAUUCCUCACUCCGAGUGGAACUACCUUUUGGGUCCACCCUUUAUGUCAAACAACGAGAGAGUAACAGAAGCCCCAAAGCUCUCUGGUUGGAAGCAAGCAGCAUUCGAUGAUACUACCUGGGAGUCCGCCAUUCUUCAAUUCCGCCCUGUAAAAAUGCUUCCAAUUCAACGUCCGUGGAAACUGGAGCCACGUCCUAUUCCAGAGCUCCCAGAGAUUCCUGGGAGAUUCGAUGGAGUGGUGAAAUGCGAAGGUUCUAUCACAAAUGCGCAGUGGAAUAGCUUCAUCAAAGGAGAAGGAGAUCUGAUUGUACCGACUGGAGAGACUGUCAGCGUGGACAUUGAAUGCGCAUCGCUAACCACAGCAUUUGUCAACUUUCAAUGUGGUGGGGGAUUGGGAUCAAUCAUCACAUUCCUAUAUUCUGAAUGCUACGAGAAAGAUCUCGGGGUCGAAAUCGCUCCUUUUCCCAUGCCGAGAACCAAACUGCUCAGAUCGGACUCCAAAGGCCGGCUGUAUGGAGUGAAAGAUAUAUAUACAGUGGCCGACGGCCAAGCGGAGCAGAUUUUCGAACCAUUCUGGUUUCGAGCGUUCCGAUAUGUUCAAUUGCAUAUCAAAGCUUCAUCGCAGCCCCUCACGCUUAAGGGAUUCACUCUUCGCGAGACUUCCUACCCAUUGGAUAUCUCCACUGAAAUCCAGGCUGGACCAGAAUUGAAUAAGAUCUGGGAUGUCAGUCUACGUACUCUCCAGAACUGCCGACAUGAGACAUACGAGGAUUGUCCUUUCUACGAGCAAAAUCAGUUUGCAUCUGAUUCCCGACUACAGAUGCUUUUCACCUAUCAAGUAUCAUCAGAUGAUCGACUUGCCAGGAAAACUUUGGAAGAGUUUCACGCCAGUCAGACUCCUGAUGGAUUGAUCAAGGCACAGUUCCCGGCCGGUUUCAAGAGUAAGCAAAUCCCUCAGUUUUCACUAUACUGGGUUGCAAUGGUAUGGGAUCACAUGAGAUACUUCGCGGACAAGAAGGUAGUGCGGCGGUACUUGAGCACCAUCGACGGAAUUCUCAACCACUUCGACGAGAGAAUCAAUGAUCUCGGGCUGAUUGGUCGAUUCGAAGAAGAUACGUGGCCCUUCAUCGAUUGGGUAUCUCAAUGGUCGGUCCCAGGGAAGAUUUUCGAGUCAUGCAUGCCUCGAUCGUACACGAGAAAUGGCGCGGCGACGUUCAACAGUCUUUUGUACAUUGUUGCCCUGAUGCAGGCCGCUGAUCUAUGUGAUUUCAUGGGGAGAACGGAUACCGCUGCCGAGUAUUCCACUCGAGCACAGGCCCUCCGGAAUGCUGUGAACAAGCAUUGCUUUGAUGAUGCUCUUUACCUGGAUGGUCCAUCAACAAAGGAAUACAGCCAACACAGUCAAGUGUUUGCUGUUCUUUCUGAAACCAUUACGGGAACAGCAGCUCGAGAGUUAAUGGUUCGCACAAUGUACAAUUCCUCAUUGAUGCAAUGCUCCAGUGCUCUACAGUUUUACGUGUUCCGGGCUGUGGAAAAGGUCGGUCUUUACAACAAGAUGUUCCCCGCCCUUCUGGAUCCAUGGAGACGUAUGCUUGCGGAUGACUUGACGACAUGGGCUGAGUUUGAGGAGAAUCCCCGCAGUGACUGCCAUGGGUGGAGUGCCUGUCCAGUCAACGAAAUCGUUACCCAGUUGUAUGGUAUCAAGCCGGCCACGCCGGGUUUCAAACGUCUCCGCAUCGAGCCACAGAUGGACCUGCUUACAACAGGAGAGGGCACUUUUGUUACUCCAAUCGCGAAGAUCAAGUUGAAGUGGACAGAGGAUGGGAACCUGGAAGUCGAGCUUUCUACAGAUACCGUGGCAGAGGUUGUAUUUGGAGGUUCUGUGUACAUUGUCCGGUUUGUGGCUGGGAAAACUGUGUCUUUUCUCAAAGAGACGGAGUCCAUGGUCAUAAUUUGA